AUGGCUACCUGGGAUGUACAGGAUCUGAUCAAGGAAGUGUCAGAUAUGGAGUUGAUAUUUGGUAAAAACAAAACAUCCGACCUCAUUCCCAGAAUGAAAGAUGCUUUGAUGGCAAAGGUGGAGAGCCUACACUUGGUUACCCCUUCGAACUAUGUGUUGCUGAUGGAGACUAUGGAGAAAACAACUUUGCCAUCAGACAUCAAAAAGGAGCUGGAGUACUCUUUUGAGAAAAAGACUGCAGCUGGUGCGCAAGGCCCUCAUAGGCUCCAGUCAACACCACAAAGCAUGACCAUGCCUUUCAAUUACCUGUCCAAGAGUGAGUGGGACAGACUUGAUGGAGAUUGCACCACAGUGGAAGCAGCCCACAUGCUCAUCAAGAGGAUGAAAAUGUGUGGCCUCAAGAGUCUCAAAGAAGAUACCAAGAAGCAGGUCACUGCAAGUCUAGUUGUUCUGCAAAUGAGAUCAACAAAGACAAAAACCUUGCCUCCCAGUGCUGAAAUGUACAAGCUGUCUCAAUUUGUGCAUGACAGCUUCAGUGCUUGUGAAGUGAUGUCCUUGCAUGGUGGUUUGUCGAAGUACCCUCCAUCUCCAUAUGAUCUUGGAGAGGAUUUCCUGAAAGCAUGCUACAAGGAAGAUGAUUUGCCUUUAAGGUCACCUCCACAAGACUUUGCCAACUCAGUGGCUACAAUGUCAAAACAAGUCAAGGUAAGGCAGAGUGCAAAAGACUUGAAGCCUUUGCUGCAGUCUGGGGCUUCCAGUGCUGGAGAUGAUGUCACUUCUCCUGGAGAUGAACUUCACAAGACCUUGGCCUUGGACAAGGCCAAGGAAACCUCUCAGCUUGCAAAGCUUUGCUCCACACAAACUCUAUCUGGAGACUCAGAGGCUUUGUGCAGCCCCAAAGCUUUGCCUUUGCCACUUGAAGAUGGUGAGGCAUUGGAAAAACCUGCUACUGAGUUGGCUCCAGCAAAUGACCAGAGCUUGGGGGAGAAAGAGAAUGAUGCACUUUCAGCAAAACACAAAAGCUUGGAGGAGUAUGAAGAGGAAGCAAUGCAAAUGCUUUGCAAAAGAAAGGCACAAGAGAUGGAUAAAGUGGUCAAGGGCAAGUGCUUGAAAAAGCCUGCUUGCUCCAAGCCAAAAGCAGCACCAAAGAAGAAGGGUGGUCAAAAGCCAUCUCCAGAUUGGAUGAAGGGCAUCUAUGGAUGCCUGCGCUGUAGGGGGAAUGUGAAUGGAUGCAGUACUUGUUGGAAUGAAGGCUUUCAAGGCCUCAGGUUCUCCAGCAGGGCUAAAUGGGCUGCUUUCAUGAAGCAGAAAUCUGCAAAGGGUAAGAAAGGCAAGUGA